GCGUGGUAAUGUUAUGUUUGAAUUGGGACAGAAAGGGAGUGAAACAUGGUUUCCCACAGCCACAAGAGGCCUUACACUGUGGCCACCCUCUUCUUCUUCGCAUUGUUCCUUCUCUCCAUCUUCCUCUUCUUCUCCACCAGAACUACUUUCCAACCCGCUCCCUCCAUCCACUCAGAUCUUUACCUCCGCCUCCAACCUCUCCAACCUUCUCCUCCGCCGCAGGAACACCAAUUGCCCCUCGCCACCCCAACCCCACCUGCCGCUGACAUUGACGAUGUCACCGACGCCGAACCAGAUCCCCAACCGGUAACGGAAAGUGUUGGCGACGAUGCAGCGGUGAAUUUGAACAAGGAGUGUGAUUUGUUCACGGGAACGUGGGUGAAGGAUGAGAAUUACCCCAUUUACCAACCGGGGUCUUGCCCUUACGUCGACGAGGCUUAUGAUUGCAAAGUUAACGGAAGGACCGACACUCUCUACACCAAAUGGCGUUGGAAGCCUGAUGGAUGUGAUCUUCCCAGGUUUAAUGCUACAGACUUCUUGGUGAGACUGAAGGGUAAAAGACUAAUGCUGGUUGGAGAUUCUAUGAACCGGAACCAAUUUGAGUCCAUUCUUUGCGUACUACGUGAAGGCCUGCAGAAUAAGAGCAGAAUGUAUGAGGUACACGGACACAAAAUAACAAAAGGAAGAGGCUACUUCGUUUUUAAAUUUGAGGACUAUGAUUGCUCAGUGCUAUUUGUGAGAUCUCAUUUCCUUGUGAGGGAAGGAGUUCGUCUUAAUGCACAAGGGAGCUCAAAUCCUACAUUGUCAAUAGAUCGGAUUGACAAGACAUCGGGUCGUUGGAAGAAGGCUGACAUUCUUGUCUUCAAUACCGGACACUGGUGGACUCAUGGAAAAACUGCUCGAGGGAUAAAUUACUAUAAAGAAGAUGAUUAUCUAUAUCCAAAAUUUGACUCAGUUGAGGCAUACAGAAAGGCUAUAAAGACCUGGGCAAAAUGGAUCGAUGACAAUAUCAAUCCACGGAAACAGAUUGUUUACUAUCGCGGAUAUUCUAAUGCCCAUUUCAGAGGUGGCGACUGGGACUCAGGCGGGUCAUGCAACGGUGAAACGGAACCGGUUUUUAAUGGAUCCAUCAUAGAUAACUAUCCUUUGAAAAUGAAGAUAGUGGAGGAAGUGAUCCAAGGUAUGAAGGUUCCAGUAAAGUUAUUAAAUGUGACAAGGAUGACCAAUUUCCGCAAGGAUGGCCACCCAUCUGUGUAUGGCAAGAAUACAAUGGGUGGAAAGAAAGUCUCUACGAGGAAGCAAGAUUGCAGCCAUUGGUGUCUUCCUGGGGUCCCUGAUGCAUGGAAUGAGCUGAUUUACGCCACUCUAGUUUUUCAACAAACAGAUUCAAGGAACUGACUUACAUCACCUCUACAAGGAAGCAAGAUUGCAGCCAUUUGUGUCUUCCUGGGGUUCCUGAUGCAUGGAAUGAGCUAAUUUACGCCACUCGAGUUUUUCAACACAAAUUCAAGGAAUUGACUUGCAAUCAUCUUUAUUUCUUGGGGCUUACUUUUUGUGCAGCAAAGAAGGGGGGAACACUGAACUUCUUGGGGCCUUGACUCACAUUAAGAAGGUCAUAGAGAACCAAAGAAAGUGUUUUUUUACCCCCUGUGGUACUUUAUCAUGAGAUUAAUUGUUCGGAUAAUACGGAAAGUGUACUUUAUAGCGCACAUAAUCAAGUCAAAAGUUAGUAUGAUAUAUAGUGAUGUCAUUUGCUCAUUGCUAAAUCUACAGGAAUUGUUGUGUGGUUAAUGUCGGAUUCUCGAGUAUUACUAAAAGGUAUAUAU